AUGGGCUUUCCCCGAUUUGUCGAAGGUGAAGAAGAUGCAACCGGCGAGACCUACGCUCUCUACCACGAGAGGUGCUACCUUAAGCAAGCAGGACCAUUAUCAGACGAGGUCGUUUGGGAAGGUGAUUGCGUGCCCAUUAUUGGAUGCCUCUCUACUACAACAGCUACCUGCUUAAGCAAGCAGGACCAUUUCGGUGUGCAAGUGGGCGAGGGCGUUUAUGGUGUAAUUGCGUGGCCAUUAUCGGAUGCCUCUCUACUACGUCAGCUACCUGCAGGAAGCAGGCCGUGA